ACGAACGCUUACACUUCAUCAUCACGCACGCAUAAACACACACCCACAUAUGUACGGAGAGUGAAAAUAUACACACCGCUUAUAACACGCUGAAAGUGAAGGAAGGGCAAUAGACCUUAAAGGUUUUCUGCGUUGUUCCUGAACGGGACGGAGAGUAGGAGUAUUGGAGAGUAGGGGAAUUCUGCUUCUGGUGUGUAACUUGCUGACCUCGGAAAUCUGUUAGAUAAAUUUAAUGUCAGAGUGGGAGAAAUCUCUAGCUGAUUCUCGUCAACGGGCUACCCACUCACAGCUUGCUAGCUCAACAAACUUUGGAAAUAUCAAUCAUUAAAUGAAUUCCGAUCUGCACGAAAACUAGGUCGCCAUCGCAGUGUAUCUAAACCGAGACAAACAAGGAAUACAAAACCAGAGUAAGGGGUAUCGGGGGUAGAAAAUGAGAUAGAGCUGCGGGGAUACAUACACUGACGCAGGAAAAGUACAAACAUUGAGAAUAAGUCGACCCUAAAGAGAGACGUGAAAGUGUUUUGGUAGAGUGUGCUCUAUUAAAGGCAACCAUCAGAGACAUACAGGAAUUGCUACAUGAAUAUGUUACGAGAUCACCCGAUGCCUUUUACCACAGAGAGAUUGUAUUCUUCGCACACACCAGUAUAAGCGUACCCAUCCCAUUAAGCGAAACACAACUUCGAUAUCUUUAGUAGAUAACUUCCAGACGACACAGAAGUCAACAUCAUUUUACCUUUCGUCACGUUUCCCUCCAAUACACAUUGUGAUAUAGCAUACAGGGACGUAAGAGAACUGCACCAUGGGGAAACUAGUUGCAUUUCAGAUACAUUUUGAUCGGCAACAUGCCGUGUACUCAGCCGGGGAUCUCAUUACAGGAUACGUUCAAGUCGAUUUACAAGAUACCAAAUUUCUACGAGGUAUAUACAUGCAUUUUGUUGGUCGUGCGAUGGUCAACUGGACAGAGAUCGAGUCACGUGGCAAAUCAAAGGUCACCAUCCCAUACAUGGCGGGAGAAUGCUACUUCGACCAAAAUAUUCAAAUAUUUGGAAAAGAACCUAGUGAAGACAAUGACGACCACCAGAUUCCACUCGAAGCCGGUGAACAUCGAUUUCCUUUCCAGUUCCAGCUACCUGCCCGCGUCUUACCUUGUUCAUUUGAAGGAACCCUCGGGUACUCGCGGUUCUUUGCCCGUGCAGUCAUAGACAGACCUUGGAAGUUUGACCACGUUACGAAGAGGGCGUUCACCAUAUCCGGCGUAACGGUAGACUUGAAUAAGAUCCCCAGCGGCAUGAGCCCAGUAUACGCGGAAGAUGAGAAAAUAGUAUGUUGUUUGUGCUGCGCAACAGGGCCAAUCAGCGUUUCUGCGCAUACGGAUAAGAAAUGCUACGUCCCUGGAGAAGUUGUGUACAUUUCGGCGAACCUGGAAAACAAAAGUCGACGCAGUGUAUGCACGUUAGAAGCCGAAUUAAUUCAGUCCGUGAACUACGGUGCAAGGAGAGAAGGAGUGGGUGCACCUGGUUUCCGUACCACAUCACACGUAGUCAAAGCUAUACGGUCUGAGGGGUGUGGUUCCUAUUCAAGAGCCACAUGGGUGCAGAAACCACUCGUGAUACCACCUGUACCAGCCACGGGUUUAGAGGGGUGCAGCUUUAUCGAUAUCAAGUAUUAUAUUAAGUUUACAGCCGACGUAGCUACCACGCCCUUCGAUGUUGAUCUAAUGUUGGAGAUCACUGUGGGUACUGAACCGCUAGAGGGCAGCUUCUUCGGUCGGUCAAUGGACAACCAAAAUGAGACAGCCAUCGCAGAUAUUCAUAUUGACUUGGGAAAAUCAGUUGAAGACCUUCACACAUACGAGCAAUGUGCUCAUGGCGCCCAUGAAAUAAGAGAUGAAGAGGACAAUGAGUACGUGUACGGCGGACUGGGAUUCACCCCACUGUACAACUUCUACAAGACACCGACAUCGACACCAAUGCCUCCUCGACAUCAGUAUCUCGACGUCGUGACGUCAUCGCCAGAUAAAUCGACAUCCGUUUGACAUAUCGCAUGUAUUACGUCAAAGAGGACUUAAUUACUAUAUGCGUUCGGUGUGACUAUUUAAAACUCUGAAUGUGGAGACAGGGCUGAUAAAACGUCAUCACUUACGUCAUGAUACUGACAUAACAGGAUGAUGUGAAGUGUAUGGUAAUUGAUAAAGAUCAUCGUGCGAGUGACCAUAUUUCCAGUAUGGGUAUGAUACUGAGGACCUGAUGAGGUCCUGUGGUUGAACAAUAAUAUUGAUGAGUAUAAACACGGUAAAAAGACCAAUGCAAGGGUAUAAACAAAGUUGCAGGAGAGCGUUUGGGUUUCAGUGAUAACUACGAUAAGCUACUGAAUUGCUUACACCAGAUUUACUGGGAGAAAAUUUGUCUUUAAAACUAAUUGGCAAGACGUUUCAUGAAACAUCACUGAGGGAGGUAUUUCAUGGUGUAUUUUGAUGACUGUUAUAAGCUACUGAAACCCUUGCAUCUGAUUGGUGGACCUCAUUUUGACCUUGAAUUUCUACCUAAUUCUUACUCUUAGUACUUGAAGAGUUGGAACGCAAUUUCAGUGACAGCAAACGUCACAUACAUAUAUACAUGUCAGACCAAAGAAUGAUAUUUCAAUUAUAAAAAACACUCAUAUCUUUGACAAUUAUAGAAAUACGUGUUGUCAAUUAGAAUUCGUUUCAUGAUCGUUAAAGAAGUUGACUUAGUGGGUCAAGAAACUUCGAUAAACGGGUAUUAUUUUCAGAGUUCAUGAAAAGUCAACAAAGGCUAAUAAAAUUAAUUGAUUCAAAGCCGCGCCAUAUAAAUGGGUGUUGUUUUCAUUGUAAAUGACCUUGAAACUUAAGGAGCCUUUAAAGUGCAAUCGACUUGACGACUUGGCGAGAUACGUUGUCUUUCCAUGUCGACAUAAUAACCUUAUUAUGUCGACAUGGCGAGAUACGUUAUCUCGCCAAGUCGACUUAUAAAGGGUUAUAUGUCAGUUUGGCGAGAUAUUUGGACUCUCGCCGGGCCUUGGACACUUCAUAUCUUGCCAUGUCGACAUAUGCUAUAAGUCGACUUGGCAAGAUCAAAUACCUCGCUAUGUUGACAUAUAACGUUUUAUAAGUCAACGUGGCGAGAUAACGUAUCUCGCCACGUCGACAUAAUAAGAUUAUUAUGUCGGCAUGGCAAGAUAAAGUAUCUCGCCAAGUCGUCAAGUCGAUGGCACUUUAAAGGCUCUGCAGAAACUACCUUAGAAGGGUAUUAUGAUAAUACGGGGGUCAUGCAACAUUAAGGGAUACACUCUAUUUCCACACUGAAAAUGUUAAGUGCUUAUAGUAUUCCAUAUGCUUGCAUUAAAAUUCAAUAACUUUUAUGUAUAAAUACAUUCACCUCAUUUCCUGAUAACUAGACGCGAAUUUGAAUUCGUGAUUGAAAGAUACAACUUUCUCUGACAAGUCAAAAAAUGUGUUCAUUUUUAUCUUCUUAAAAUAAUUCAGAUCUUAGUUUGCGAGAAUGCAACAUGCUACCCCCCCCCUCCUCAAAAAGGGGGAUUGUUAAGUGAUAAGGAAUCGGAUACAAGACUAAAUCUAUAACUUGAUGAAUCCCUUGGCAAAUUAAUAAAGUGAUUUAUAUCAGUUUGAUGUACAAAUUUAUAAAUAAGAGAAAAAAAAUUAAAUAUUUAUCGAUGUAUAUGUGACUUAAUUUUGUAACUUUGAAAUAAUUCAUUACACUUUAAAACCAAUGAUAGUUACACUAGAAUGUGUAAGAGAAAAUUAUAAAACCAUAUCCACCUUGAAAUAUCAGUGUAGCUAGUUUAAUACUUUACAUUUAUUUCAUAUAACUGAAAUGAUGUUGGCUCAUUGUCGAGUAUGACUUGACGAAAAAAAGUGGAUAUAGGAAGAGCAUCAAAUCAGGCUGAUACGAUUAAGCUAUGGAGAUGAAGAUUUUGGUUUUCCAUAGGUAUUAUCGCCCUUGUUAAAGUCAUUAAUAAAACUGAAAAUUAUUGCUUAUUAAAAUGAUUGUCUACUCCGAAAUCUAUGAACCAUCAAAUUCCUUAACAUUACAUUAAACUGCGAAAUAUUGAUCAACCUUUUCAUGCUCGAUUUAUUUCAUCCCCAUGUUUACUAUUGAAAAUUCAAAAGCUUGCCACUAUUAUGUAGUACAGUGACAAAAUUAAGUAUAUUUCCGAUUGUGAUUUUGAAAAAUAUAUACAUGUACAUGUAUUUGUAAAACUGUUGUAAAUACACUUGAUAUGAUAUUCGAUAUGUUAUGUAUCCAUAUUUUUACGUUUCACCUUAUUAAAGAUAUAUUCAAAUUGUUUUGAUAUAUAUAUUUAUCCUUUAUUAAUCGUAUCUUGAUGGGGAUUGUAAAUUAUUUACUUCUUGGCCUAAAUAACAUCAACAUUUUAUGCACAUUUUGGGUAACUUGCCGAAUUAAUGCAGAACCCCUGUUCAUGAUCACACAAAUGGAGUUUUAGUGUUCGUAUAUUCAUUCAUGGUUAUAUGAAAAUAUGAAUUCAUGUCCAUUUUUAAAUGAAUGUGCAUUCAUAAAACAAAGAAACAGUAAGACAGGGGUAAAAAAAGAAAAGAAAGUUAAAAGGACAAUAAACGGGAUGAGGUAUAUGCACUUAACUGUAUUAUGCCUACUGAGAGGGGAAUAAUGGUAUAAUCACAGGUCACGAAAUUGAUUUUUUUACUGUGUCAUUUCCUUCUGAUUUAUAACCAAUUCUGCCGUAUAACCACAUCAUUUUAUAAAACAAAUAAUGCACAGGUUAAAGUUCGUGAUGUUAGUGGCGAUGCAGGCAUUUCUGGAAUCUACGUUGUUGUGCAAGUUUCCAGCUUUUGUCAUUGAAAAAUACACUCAAAUGUAAUACAUCACCAUUAGCAAACCCCGACCUGUGCAUUAUUUGUAUGAUUUCUAAGGUUUACACCCCAGUUGCAUAGCUUCCAAGUAAUCAUUAGAAUGUCAUCUUGGCGUACUUUCAGCACCUUGACGCAAAGUUGACGUAGAAUUUUAUCGUAACAAAUACCUUCUAUCGUGAUAAUAAUGGUACCUUGUAGAGUGAACUUUUUAGGUGGUUAAAAGUGCAUGGUUCCCCGAAUAACCCACACUUUUUAUGAAGCAAUAAAGAUAUGAUCAUGCUUAAUGAAUUUUCUUGUGUU